CCCUUGCUCUCUCUCUCUCUCUCUCUCUCUCUCUCUCAAUGGAAUAUGAAAGAAUCCACAAAGUUCAGGUAGGAGCAAUAUCCCCUGGUAAACUCAGUAUGAGACUAUUUGGAUCUCACCAUAUCAGAAAACAAGAAUCAGCAAACAAUUCAUCCAGAGCAUCCCCUUCGAAGCUCGACGACACCGAGUGCUCUAGGAAAAGCUUAUUAGCCGAAGAUCCUGAUGAAACAUAUAAACUGAAAGACAAUGGAAAUGCUUCCCCCUUGAUUGCUGUUGAAAAUUCAGAAGCCUCUUCAGAAGCAUUAAGCGGCGUAAGCACCGUAGAGUUUGCGAGAAGUUCGGAAGAAGAUGGCAAUAUGAAUGACAAUAGAAACAGUUAUAAUUUUGAGUUCCAAAGAGAAAAGAGAGGAAUACAACACUCAGUUGUUGGUUCGUUCAUUAGGCAGGUUCCGUCGAAGUGGAAUGAUGCGGAAAAAUGGAUAGUAAAUCGGCAUAUAAUUUAUUCGAAUCCUAAUGUUUCGAAAAGGACUGCUUCAGAAAGCCGAGGGACUUGUCAAGUAACUUCUAAUUUGGUGAGGGUAGCUCCGGAAUUCGCAAGUGCGGAGCGAAAGAAUCACCGAGUUCAAAAAACAGUUACUUCCGCCGAACAAUCAGUUUCUACAAGAGAUAUCGGAACAGCGAUGACUCCCACUGCAAGUCAGGAUCCAUCGAGGACUAAUACUCCGAUUCGGGCCACAACACCCGCCUUCAGCCCGCCAUCUUCGCUGCCGUCAACUCCUAAAAGAGCAAGAAGGAUUUCAACUCCUUCGGAGGAGAAUGUACAUAAUCAAAAGAAAGUUUGCACGGCAGAUUCUUCUGAGAGGGAAUUGCAGCUGAAAAUAAGAAGAGAAAUCGCCGCUCUCGGCCUUCAGCUGGGCAAGAUGAACAUUGCUUCCUGGGCUACUAAAGAUGAGUUGAUGCAGGCCUCUCCAUCUAUUGCUUCUACGAACGCGGACUGUGUUGCAAAAAUGGAGUUUGAAACCCGUGCAGUGGCGUGGCAGGAAUCUCAAAAAUCAAAAUAUACUGCGAAACAUAAGCAUGAUGAGAUCAAGAUUCAAGCAUGGGAGAGUCAUCAGAGAGCAAAAUUUGAAGCCAAAAUGAGGAAAGUUGAGGCUCGAGCCGAACAGAUGAAAGCCCGUGCGCAGCAGAGGAUGGUCGAAAAGCUCACGAAAACACGGCUUAAGGUGGAUGCGAAGAAAGCCACUCUAGACGCCAGAAGAGAUCGACAAGUUGUAAGGUUAGCGCGACAAGUAGAGAAGAUCCGUCAAACUGGUCAUGUACCGUCAUCGCUACUAAGACCGUUCCUCGGUUGUUUCCUAUCAGAUAGAUCUUUCUUGUAACAAUGGUACUAAAUCCGAUUAUAAUACUCUUAAUUUCGCGAGGUUACAAGUUCAAUUCUUGACAAUAGUAUUAAGGAACUACGUCGUUAAUCUUGUUUGUACACACAAUAUGGUUUAUCUGAUCUCCACUAUGAACGUCAAAUGGAGUGUUGAGAAUAUUCCUAGACGAUUUUGCGAACUUUUUGGCAAUAG